GUCUGUCACAUGGACGUUCAGUUUCCGGGUACAUGCCAGUACACUUCCGCUAAACUUCCUCUACUUUAUUUUUCUUUGACAGUCAGUUAACCGCUAAAAAUACAUGAAAUAAACCACGGUUACCUUUCAGGCUAUGUGUAGUCAGUUUAUCUAGAUUGAGAUGUCGCUCGUUUAUUGCGUCAGCUUUUCUUUCUCGUACUGUUAUCGAGCAAAGCAGCUAGCCGCUAGCCACAGCUGCUGUGUUUGAAUCUUCACUGAAAGUCAAGAUUAUGUUUCUCUCUGUGCUUUUGUUAUGCUUUUACUUGUUUUGAGUAACCUGUGCAGCAUGGACUCGGAGGGAAUAGUUAUUCGGAUAAAGACACCGGCGGGGGACAUGGACUCCUCGGUGGACUGUCCAUCACAUCUAAACUUUAAUGAUUUUCUGGUCGGGAUCAGGGAGGUCAUGCCUGAUACUACAGUAACAGCUUUUGAAUAUGAGGAUGAAGUUGGGGACCGAAUCACAGUUCGGAGUGAUGAGGAGCUCAAAGCCAUGCUGUCAUAUUACUGCAACACUGUGAUGGAGCAACGCAUCAAUGGACUGUUACCCGAGCCUUUACAGAUUUUUCCACGAGCCGGUAAGACCCCAGGGAUCCGGAACAUACAUGGCCUGAAGGUGAACACACGGCCUGAAUCCUCAAGUGGCAGGGGCUCUUCUGCGGCUGAUUCCCUGUCCAAUGAUAGUUUAAAGAAGUCAUCAGCUGAGCUUAAGAAGAUUUUGACAAAUGGACAGAUAAAUGAACAUGACCUCCAGUACCAGGAGCAGCUUGGACAUGGAAAUGGAGGAACAGUUUACAAAGCAUACCACCAGCUUGGUAAAAGAGUUCUAGCAGUGAAGGUUAUUCCUCUGGACAUCACAGUAGAGCUUCAAAAGCAGAUCAUGUCGGAACUUGAGAUCCUUUAUAAGUGUGACUCUCCAUACAUCAUAAAAUUUUACAGUGCAUUCUUUGUGGAGAACAGAAUAUCUAUAUGCACCGAGUUUAUGGAUGGUGGCUCUCUGGAUGUUUACUGGAAAAUCCCAGAGCAUGUGUUGGGGAGGAUUACUGUAGCAGUGGUGAAAGGAUUGACUUACCUGUGGAGCCUGAAGAUUUUACACAGAGAUGUGAAACCCUCCAACAUGCUGGUCAACACACGAGGUCAGGUCAAAUUGUGUGACUUUGGAGUCAGCACACAGUUGGUGAACUCCAUCGCUAAAACAUAUGUCGGAACCAAUGCAUACAUGGCGCCAGAGCGGAUAUCAGGGGAACAGUAUGGUAUUCACUCAGAUGUAUGGAGUGUAGGAAUCUCUUUCAUGGAGCUGGCACUGGGCUCUUUUCCAUAUCCACAGAUUCAAAAGAGCCAGGGCUCCUUAAUGCCUCUUCAGUUAUUGCAGUGCGUUGUUGAUGAGGAUCCUCCUGUGCUUCCUGUUGGUCAGUUCAGUGAGAAAUUUGUUGACUUUAUUACACAAUGUAUGAGGAAGCAACCCAAAGAAAGACCUGCGCCGAACAACCUUAUGGACCAUUCAUUUAUUAUGCAAUAUAAUGAUGGCAACACAGAAGUUGUGUCCAUGUGGGUGUGCCGCUGCCUAGAGGAACGCAAAGCCCAGCAGGCACAAAGGCUGAUGUGAAGAACAGUGGCACAGGAUGAAGAUAUGGGAGAAGGUUUUGAAAUAUCCUCUCACUUUUCUUUCACUGAACCUAAAGAAGCAGGAGCUGAGCUUGCAGAACCUCAUGUAGAGCACCACAUCCCAACCUUUAGCUGCAGCAAUGCACAGUGUGAGAACUGCUAAGAGUCUAAUGCAGAUUUUGCUGGCAGUAGCAGUGUGACUUGGACCGAGAAUAUUGGAUUGCUUAAACCCGAAUCUUUGACUUUUUGUUCGUCUACAAUGGAUUUCUUUUCACUUCUUCAAAGCAAAUGUUUUGCCAGAAGAUCCCUCACUCACAGGGGGUGCUUGCUCAACUCAAAUUUAAUUCCUAUGGAUUCGAAUUUGAGUAUAAAUAAUGAGAAACUGUCUCUAUAACAAUCUGGUGUUGCCAAAACAUUACGGCUGCAUCAUAAAGCAGCGUGCGUUCGGUUAAACGGUUGGUUUUAAGAAAAAUAUGGGAGUUUGUCGAACAUUGCUCUCUUCUGCCGUGCGUGUCAUGCGGCAAUUGGUUUUAAAGCUGCUUUUUUGAGUUUCACAAAUGGUCUGCCAUUAUUGGCAGUACCCAAUUGAAGUUAGAAAAAUGUAAUGAUGUUUUAUUAUAGUUGAAGGCAGUGGAUAGCAGUUUGGGCAGAGGAAUGGUGCGUAGAGACCUUCCAGCAGUAGCAGGAGCCUGUAAUACUGUUUAAGAGCCCAAUACGGUUUAUGUGGAACGUCAUGUGACCAAACUGGAAAACUGGGUUGAUCGCUUCCGGUUGCCGGUAUGUACUGUAGCUUGUUAUUCAUAGUAUUAUUAUUUGUGUUAUGUUCUUUUUAAUUCUAGUAUCUGAAUGUAUGUGAGAAGAAAAUGUCUUUGUCAAAAGCUAUAAAGAAUAAAAAAGUUUGUACAUUUUAGGGGUGCACCGAUAUAACGGCCGAUGAUGCUUGCUAUGCUUCUCAAUGAAUUACGGUGAAAUGCCGCUACAUCCAAAUGCCAGAGGGCGCUCUCGUGCAGAAACUCAAUAUGCGCUGUAGACGAAGAACCAUACACCAUACGCAGCUCUAGGAGAUGGCUUAAGGAUAUAUUUAUAUUGCUGUUCUUCAAACCUUUUCUGGUAUUUUCAUGAUAAUAAAGAAUAUUUAUAAUGAUUAUGUUUGACGAGUGUUGCUAUUUUAAAUGCAUUUUAUAAACAACUCAAACUAACAGUGAUUUCAGAUCGAAAAGGACUUACUGAUCAAAAGCUGUAGUACAUGAAAAGCCGUGAAUAAAAUCGGCAGUGCGAUUCAGAAUAUUUAUUGGCCAUGCAUUAUUAGUGUAUAUCGGCAUUUAUCGGUGCACCCCUAGAACAUUUUCUUUUUCUCCGGUUUGAGAUGUUGAUGAGCAUAUCUACUGGACAUUGGUUAUUCUCAUCUUUGGUUACUCCUAAAGGCUUCAUGUAUGAAAACAGCACCAUGUCAGCAUACAGAACCGGAAGCGAUCUACUAUGUUUAACAGGAAUGGCGAAGUAAGUUGCGCAUAUACCCUAUUGGUUUUGUUCUGGCCUUGCCCCCCUGUAUUGGCCCACUUGAUUCUAAAGGUUGAUGGAAAGUUAUCAUCUUGUAUGAUGCAUUGAUUUACUUUACUUCACUUAUACCCUGUGUUAUACACAUCAGAUGAGUACAGCUUGGUAUUGGAAGUCAUUCAUUUCUAGUAAACCAUUAUGUUGUACUUCACUUAGAUCCGGCCUUGUAAAAAUAUCUCAAAUUACUUUCAGAUUGGGUUUCAACAGCUAUGUGAACUGCAUAUGUACCUGUACAUUUUCCUGGUAGACAACAAUAGCACUGUGAUAACAUUCUUUAAUCCAGAUACUGUGGUUUUAGCACAGAAGUUUACUGUGACCUAACACAGCACUGGUUUAAGUAAGAUAUUUUCUUUUAGUGAGGAGAGUCUCAUUAAUGCAUUGUAACAGUUUGAAUAUGACUUGUGCUCACCUACUAUUAUACCACUUUUUUCAUGCACUGCAGGAAAGAGCAUCAUCAUACUUCAACUUUUACACUGACAGCUGUUAGGCAAAUAAACAUAAGCCACACAUCUGCCUUCCCUGAUACUAUAUAGGAGUCAUUUGUUAAGUUCGUCUGUUAAGUGUUACUUUAUAGAUUGGGUUUUGAUGAAAGUGACAGAUAUUAAAUGUUGUUCUUUAGUGCCUGGUAUCUUUAAGAAAAAUUAAAGAAAUAUUCUAUUAAAUAUAAAUAUGUCAAAACAAAGGUCAUUUUAUAGAGCCAAUGUAUAUAGUCCUAAAUUACAUUUAUAGUCUCUUUUUUUUAGUGUAAUCCAAAGCCAAAAUAUAUUAUCUUGUUUUGGGUGUUUUAUAGUUUUACUAUUACUUCUUGAGAAGAGUUUUCUUUGUAUCUUGUUUUGAAUAUGUAUAGCUGUCUCAUAUUGAUUUCUUAAAAAUUAUAAUCUGGCCAACUUUCAAAGUAAAUCUCAGAUCUAUCAUGAACUGAACAAUGCGUGACUACAUCAUAUAGUUGAGGUAAGGUCUGAACAUCCAGGUGAUUUAAUCAAUAAAAUUUAAAAUAGCAUUGAUUGUUUGUCUGCAUUUAAUACAUUGUUUCCGUGAUGUACAGGAUCGUCUUACUGGAUUUUCCCAUUGACAAUGCAGAGUUUUAGUGAUAUUUGUUAUUUUCUUUCUAAUAGUAAUAUUGAUGCCUUCAUUAUGUAAAUCAGUUUUGAAAUCCUUUCUUUUUGCAUUUCCAUAGAAGAAAUGUUUUAGAUUUGUUCUGAGAAGAACUCUAUUUUUUUAAAAGUAAAUCUUAUGUAGAUGAAACUGGUCUAUAUAAAAGUGGAUGCAUGUUGCAUUAACCUAUGUUGAAAAAACAC